CGCGCUUUCGUACAAGCAUAAGCUCGAACACAAGGACGCAGGAUUUAAAACUUUGCCGAAAUUUUCUCGAUGGAGGUUUAGUUAAGGUGACUUGUGGCACGUUGGUGUUGAAACUUAUUUAUUUGGUGUUUUAUUCUUGUCUAAAUGCGUUUGCGUCAUGGAACUUGAUACCGUCUCCGGUUAAAGAUGCCAACCCCUCUGCCCAAUUCUCUCGAGAAAUGCAUCUCGAGGUCCGUGACAAGAUGAAAAUUCUCUCGUGGAAUUCGCCUUUCGCGUAAUACUCCAUCCGCCCACCUGCACGAUGAAUUUCACACAAGAAUUCUUGUACACGACCGGUUAUUCCAUCAUGGAUAACUCAUCGGAAUACGAUUACACCACCAAUAUCAGCUAUAAUGAUACGGAGGAAGGUGGCAACCAGUUUAUACUGCCGGUGUGGAGACAAGUCCUGUGGAGCAUCCUGUACGCAGGCAUGGUGAUUGUUGCGACAGGUGGUAAUUUAAUCGUUAUUUGGAUCGUUUUCUCGCAUAAAAGGAUGCGAACCGUUACAAAUUAUUUUUUGUUGAAUCUAUCGGUGGCUGAUACCAUGGUCUCGACUCUCAAUGUCACGUUCAACUUUGUCUACAUGUUAAACUCGCAUUGGCCCUUUGGUGAACUGUACUGCAAAAUCUCGCAAUUUAUAGCUGUUUUGUCCGUCUGUGCAUCGGUGUUUUCCCUCAUGUCCAUCUCAAUUGACAGAUACAUGGCCAUAAUGACUCCACUAAGGCCGCGAAUGGGCCGCACUGUGACCGUGUUAUUAGCAGUGACUACGUGGCUGCUGGGGGUGAUUAUAGGUAGUCCGUCCCUGAUGUUCUUCAGAACAUACACGAUGCCGUAUAAAGAUGGGGAGGAACGAGUGAUUUGUUAUCCUGAGUGGCCGGAUGGCACCACCAACGAAUCGAUGAUGGAAUACGCCUACAACGUGGGAUUCCUCUUUGUGACUUACGUCGUGCCGAUCGGAUCGAUGACGUACACUUACGCCCGAAUCGGGAUCGAACUCUGGGGAUCCCAGAGCAUCGGCGAAUGCACGCAACGCCAAAUGGAGAACAUUCGGAGCAAAAGGCGGGUUGUGAAAAUGAUGAUGGUCGUCGUGAUUAUUUUCGCAGUGUGCUGGCUUCCAUAUCACCUUUACUUCAUCGUGAUAUCGUAUUUUCCGGAAAUAACAAACUCGACAUACAUCCAGGAAACGUAUUUGGCCAUUUAUUGGUUAGCCAUGAGCAAUUCCAUGUACAAUCCGAUUAUUUAUUGCUGGAUGAACGCCAGAUUCCGGCGGGGCUUCAAGCAGUUUUUCUCCUGUCUGCCGUUCAUUCACGUAAGUCCGGGAGCUUUGACCCGGCGCGAGGUCCUCACCAGCCGGAGACGCUCCUACUCCGGCUCCCCGGACCAUAACCGGAUCAUCCGGAACGGAACCAUUCGCAUGAACUACAUGACUCGCCCCAGCCCCACGUCGUCGACCAACACGUGCUACUCGAACCUCCCCGACGAGUUGGGCUACCACCGUAACCUGGAGGCCCGCCGAUGGAAAGGCGAAGAGCUGCGUUCCGUCUCCUGACAAAAGCAGUUGGCCCAAAGCCAGACCGACGACAAGAACUCCAUCAGGCAAAGACGCACCUGGAUCUAGUGCCAAACCUCGCGGUCCAGCCGACACUUGCCCUGGACUCGCGAGGAAACCACCGAAGAGGUCGACAAAGGCGUCACCGAGACGGAGAUGUAGGAAGUGGAGCGGCUGUGACACAUCUUGGCGCUAAUUUAGAUAGAACACAGGGUACUAAGAGUUAAUUCGUGACCUCGACUAUGACAUAUCCCAUUUAUCCGAAGUGUCGUUUCUGUAUUCAGCACGGAGGACUUUUUGCCACAGAUUCAGAAUCACAAAUUUUGGAAAUAUUUCUAACAAACUACAACAAAUUGCAGAGAUUUUUUUUAUUUUUAUGAUUGCAUUUUUUUAAUUUAAAAAAGAGAUCCCAUCUUGUUCUUCAAAUUCAUUUCAGAAGUUUAUCAGUUGGCAACAGUAGUAUGUUUGAUUUGUAGGCCUUCCUAUACAGUGUGUCCCAGCGAUUUAAAAAAUCCAUUAUUGAUGUCUAAAUGUUAGAAAAUUACUUUUUUUAAAAGCCGUACUUACAUAAAAUAUUUCCUUUUUUUUCAUUUGAUUUUACUAUACAAGGUGUUUCCUAAAUUAGCUACAAUACAAACUUCUGUUUUUUCAUUUAGAACAUCUUAUAUAUUAAAAACUUUUUAACUUCUAAUAUAGCUAGAGCUUUAAAAUUUUUUAUACAAUCCAAAUCGACCAUUCUGAGUUUAGCUAAAUUAUUUUCAAAAUGGCUGAUUUUCGGAAACUCCGAGAAAUUGGCGCCAACUUUGCAAUUUUAUAUAGUAACCAUCUAUUUAUAUUGCAUUUUUAAAUUCGCAUCUCAAAACUGAGUAAACUUACCCUAGUUGUAAUACUUACCUGUCAUAGUUUUUGACGUACGUCAAUUUUUUUAUACAAUUUUUAUUUGCAGGGGUUCAUAUGAAAUAUCACAGCUCGUAAACCCUUUACAAUAAGUGAAUAAUUCUUUUUGCCUUUGAUAGUCAAAAGUUCAAAGGGUCUUCUCAAGUUUUUAAGAUUAUCAACUGUCAAAUUGCAAGGCUACUAUGAUUUUUUUAAUAAUGUGAUGAUAAAAAAAUGGUUAUAAAACAGUUUUUUCAAAUAAAAUGACCUUGUUUUUUCAAUGUCGAUCAAAAAAACAUUAAUUUCUAUGCAUACUUUUAUUAACAUGUUCUAUAUUUAACCGUUACAGUUUUUGAAAUAAUAAAAAAAACAGAAUUUUAGCUCUUUAUUUCCAUUUUUAAUCAAGUAAACUUUUGAAAAAUACGAUAAAAUUGUGCUAUUAAUUAAAAAAAAUGUUGGAUUUGUUCAUCAUUUUUAUUCAAGAAGUUCAAAAUUUUUAAUAAAUAUUAAAUACAAGAUUUUUUGGAAAAAAAUAUUAAUUUUCCAAUAAUUUAAGUCAAUAAUAAUGGAUAUUUUCAACUCGCUGCAUAUCUGCUCCUUAGUCCUCCGUAGUAUUAAAAUAGGAUUAGAUUAGAAUUGUUAGAAUUAGGGAAAAUUGACGACUGUCCUAGUAGAUGGCAAAUCAUCUGUCGGGAAAACACAAACGCUUUGAAGUUUAAGCCAAUCAGCUUUAAGUGUUUAUUCCUUUAAAAUUCCAACCCUAACAUUUCAACUGUACUGUAAAAAAUUAAAAAAUCGAACGUCUUAAGUAAUAAACGACACUGUGUGACCAAGCAUGUGAUAUAAUUAGAUAUUUUUAAAACUAAAAGCAACUAAUUUAUUUUCCUUGUACAUAACUGUAUGUAUAACUGUUGUAAAUAUACUUAAAAUAAGUGUAAAAACAUAUACUAGCACCACUCCGUUUAAGAAGUGCCAUGUUUUCAAUUAACUUUUCAUUAGUGUCUGCACUUUUAAAUUAAGUUGGCAACGCUGUAACGUAUGACGCUCGACAAUCGUUGCCAACGUAAAUUCAAAAUCAUAAGCUAGCCACUUGAAAUGAAAAAUUGAUUGAGAGCGAGGUAUUUGAACUAAAAAUAAAACAUGUAAUCGAUGUA